CGGUGCAGACCGCAGCGCCCGUGCCGGUAAAAGGGGACUCAAAAAGUCAAUGAACAGGUCGAAAAUAUAAAUCCGAAAAAAGUUUGUGCGACGAGCUGUGACGUUGAUGUCUGAAAAACUGUCAUAAUCUCGAAAAAGCAAAUAGUAAUCUGUGGCAAAUAAUAAUUAAAUAAUAAAUCGUGCAGUGUUUGUGUUUUGUGAUAAACCCACUUUAUACAUAAAAAUUAUACUGCAGCCGUAUUCAUCUACCGCAAGGUGCGCGCGCGCAUGAUUUGAAUUCGCCAAGCGCAUCGUAUCCAGUUGACGAGCGAACACCGCGGAGAGAGCGCCUGUGCUGUCGCGAACCAAUUCUUUUUUUUUUUUAAUGGAUACGUAUUAGUGUUGCGUGUUGUGUUUGUGAUGUUAUAAGUCGUGUGUAGUUGUGUUUAUUUUUACGUGAAUUUUGACAGUUCCAAUAUGCAGGGCCGGGAUAAAUUGUGCGCUAAACUCACAAGCGCAUUCCUCAGAAAGUGGUGGUUCGUGCUCGCCUCCGCCGUGGUACUGCUGUUGCUCGGUAUCAUCUGUGCCAUAUUCUUCGGCACCUGGGUCAGACUCUUCAUAGACCAUGAAUUAGUGCUUCGCCCCGGCUCGAUGACGUUCGAGUGGUGGGCGCGGCCCCCGGUGCGGCCGUUCAUACGGGUCUACGUGUACAACGUGACCAACGCGGACGAGUUCCUCAACAACGGCUCCAAGCCGGUGCUCAACGAGCUGGGGCCGUAUGUCUAUUCGGAAGAAUGGGAGAAAGUGAACAUAACAGACAACGAGAAUGGGACACUCUCGUUCAAUUAUCGCCGCACGUACACAUUCCAACCGGAGCUGAGUGCGGGCCCCGACGACGACGCCGUUGUUGUACCAAACAUACCGAUGUUGAGCGCUACAUCCCAGUCUAAGCAUGCAGCGCGGUUCCUCCGCCUGGCAAUGGCGUCAAUUAUGGAUAUUCUCAAGAUCAAACCAUUCGUGGAAGUGUCAGUGGGGCAACUGCUGUGGGGAUAUGAAGAUCCGCUCCUCAAAUUGGCCAAAGACGUGGUGUCCAAAGAACAAAAGCUUCCUUAUGAGGAGUUUGGGCUGUUGUAUGGGAAAAAUGGAACAUCACCAGACGUGGUGACGAUGUUCACUGGCGCCGACGAUAUGUCCAACUACGGUAUAUUCCAACGGUACAACAUGCGCGAGAGACUGCCCCACUGGACCACGGACCAAUGCAAUAGCAUAUCAGGGUCGGACGGCUCCAUAUUCCCACCGCACAUCACCAAGAAUGACACAUUAAGAGUUUAUGACAAAGACUUGUGCCGACUAUUACCUCUUAGAUACCUGGAGGACGUGGAAACAUCUGCGGGGGUAGAGGGUUACCGCUUUACGCCACCUGAAGACGUAUUCGCGGCAGACGAGCAUAACCGCUGCUUCUGUCCAGCCGGCCCGCCUUGUGCGCCCGACGGGCUGUUUAACGUCUCGCUGUGUCAAUAUGAUUCUCCAAUAAUGCUCUCAUUUCCACACUUUUACCUGGCGGACCCGGCACUUCGUGAGGCCGUCGAGGGCAUCUCGCCACCAGUACCUGAAGAUCACAGACUCUUUAUCGACGUGCAGCCGGAAAUGGGCAUCGCAAUGCGAGCUCGAGCGCGGAUCCAAAUCAACCUAGCGGUAUCUCAGGUGUUGGAUAUCAAGCAGGUCGCCAACUUUCCAGACAUUGUGUUCCCCAUAAUGUGGUUUGAAGAGGGUAUCGACUCGCUACCAGCAGAAGUGACAUCGCUACUGCGGCUGGCGACGCGCGCGCCGCCGCUGGCGCGCGCGGCGCUGGGCUGGGGGCUGUCCGCGCUCGGGCUGCUGCUCAUACUGCUCGCCGUCACCUGCCUCAUCAGGUCGUCCCACCGUCAGAGCACGCUGAGGCUGGAAGGCGCGGCGCUAGCGAGGCAGCCCCCCAAGCAACCGUCCAAGGACGCGCUCGAGCUCGGCAGACGGUAACCGACGGUACCUACCAUCCACCAAACAGCAUAGGUAUCCACCGCAGUGAAUUCCGUCCGAGCCACCGCGGCAUCCAAAAAUAGUGUACCUACAUUAAACAUCGAAAAGAGUAAAUGUGAUCACGUGACCGAAUUCUAAAUGUUCUCUUCGACAUAUAAUUUACCCUAUUAUUCAUAAAAACGUCAAACAUCCAACUUCCUAGCUUUGAACUCUACUAUACACACACACUUUCUUUUUCUUCGUUUAUCAAAAAGUGAUAAAACAUUAAUUGCUAAAACUUUAUUUAGUAUUUUAUCGUUUUGUCACUUUUUCAUCAAAAUAGGCAAUUUUACGUCUUGAUGAAUAAUAGCUUAAUAUUUGCGUGAUAUAGUUACGGUCAGAGCAUUAAUAGCGACACUGUGUGUGUUAUAUCGUGUUUUUAUAUACGAUUUAAAUUAGUCCUGAUUGAAAGGAUUUUAUACCAAAUGUAACAUUUUAAACGGAAAACAUACAACGUCUCUGUCUUAUAGGAAAAGACGGUAUAAACUUAACACUACCAUGGUCAUUUUUAUAAUACAAUACGACCCAAGUUACCUAAUUUUUAUACUGCCUUUCACCGACUGUUUCACAAACUAUGGUUGUGUGUUAUACAUUCCAUUUUAAUUGUAGAUAUCACUUUUUAUUAAAAAAAAAUUGUAGUAUGUAUAUUUUUAAUUUUUAUUACGUACUUAUUCAAUAAUUCAAUAUAGGUAUUAUUAUUGUUUAUUAGAUAAAAUUUUUAAUUAUUCAUUAUUAUAAUCUAUUAAAAAAUUCAAUCUACUUAUUUACAUUCUCAUUAUUUUUUAUUCUCGUAAUAUCUACUUUAAUUAUAUCUAAAUGAAUUCAAUACACGCAAUUUUAUAAUUAUUUAUAAUUUAAUGGAGGAAUUUCAUUUUAUUU